AUGGGAGCAGCGGAGGACGCAGAGUGGCUGCGCUGGGUGAGCAAAAAAUUUGGGAAUGUCGCUGGGAAGGAGAAGGAAAUCAGCCUGGAAGAUUUCAAAUCCGCCCUGCAGGUCAAGGAGUCCUUCUUUGCCGAGAGGUUUUUCACGCUCUUCGAUUCCGACGGGAGCGGCUCCCUGAGCUGGGAGGAGCUCCUGGGAUCCCUGCGCCGGCUGCUCCGCGGGAAUUCCACGGAAAAGCUCCACUUCCUCUUCCAGGUGUACGACGUGGACGGGAGCGGCUCCAUCGAUGCCGAGGAGCUGCGGGUGGUGCUCCAGGGGUGUCUCCGGGAGAGCUCCCUGGCCCUUCCCGAGGAGCGGCUCGGGGCCCUGAGCCAGGCCCUGCUCCAGGCCCUGGACCGGGAUCACAGCGGCUCCAUCACCUUCCCGGAGCUCCGGGAGCAGCUGGAAGCGUUCCCAGAACUCCUGGAGAACCUGAGCAUCAGUGCUGCCAGCUGGCUGAAGCCCCCCAGUCCCAGUCCUGCUGAGCCCUGGCUGUGCUGCUGCUUUUCCCGGGAAUCCCGCGGAGAUCAGCGGGCCGGGAUGUGCCGCUGUUCCCGGGAAUCCCGCGGGGAUCAGCGGGCCGGGAUGUGCUGCGGUUCCCGGGAAUCCGGCGGGGAUCAGCGGGCCGGGAUGUGCCGCUGUUCCCGGGAAUCCCGCGAGGAUCAGCGGGCCCGGCUGUGCUGCCUCGGGGGCUGGGUCGCCAGCACCGCGCUCCUGCUCGCCCUGGGGGCUCUGUGGCACCGGGAGCGCGGCCCCGCCCUGGCGCUGGCCCGGGGCUGCGGGCAGAGCCUCAACUUCAACUGCGCCCUGCUGGCCGCGCUGAUGCUGCGGCGCUCCCUGACCUGGCUGCGCUCCACGCCGCUGGCGGAGCUGUUUCCGCUGGAGCUGCACGUGCGGGGCCACGAGCGCGUGGGACACCUGGUGCUGGCCCUGGGGACCGCGCACGCGGGGGCACACCUGGCACAGGCCGGGCUGGCGCGGCGGGACUGGCUCCUGGCCCUGGGCGAGUACGUGCGGCGGGCGCGGCCGGGCGCGGGCGGCGUUGGCGGCACGGCCCCGCAGACCGGGCUGGCGCUGCUGGCGCUGCUCCUGGCCAUGCUCGCCUGCUCCAGCCCCUGCGUGCGCCGCGGCGGCCACUUCGAGGUUUUUUACUGGAGCCACCUCUCCUACAUCCCUGUGUGGUUCCUGCUGCUCCUGCAUGGUCCCCACUUCUGGAAGUGGUUCCUGAUUCCCGGCUCCCUGUUUGUGCUGGAGAAGGUUCUGGGCUGGGCGUGGCGCCGGCUGGGGGAUCUGCACAUCCUGGAGGCCAAGCUGCUGCCCUCCAAGGUGACGCACCUGGUGAUCCAGAGGCCGAAAUCCUUCCGCUUCCAGCCGGGGGAUUACGUGUACCUGAACGUCCCGGCCAUCGCCGCCUACGAGUGGCACCCCUUCUCCAUCAGCAGCGCCCCCGAGCAGCCAGAAACCCUCUGGCUGCACAUCCGGGCGCGGGGCCAAUGGACCACCAAGCUCUAUGAGUACUUCCAGCAGCUGGAAUUGCACGGCCCGGAGCCAAAUCCGCCCGGGAAGAGCCGCAGGGAGCGGAGGAGCCGGCACUGGGAACAGGAAGGAUCCGUGGCCUCCGGCAGGGAUGGAGCCGUGGAGCUGACGGCGUUCCGAGCCUCCGGAGCUGCUUUCCCAGGAAAGGACCCGGAGCAGGGGGGCGCCGGGCCUGGGGAGACCCAGCGGAGCUGCAGCGUCAAGUGCUUCCUGGACGGUCCCUACGGAAGCCCGAGCCGGCGGAUCUUCACCUCGGAGCACGCCGUUCUCAUCGGAGCCGGCAUCGGCAUCACCCCCUUCGCCUCCAUCCUGCAGAGCAUCAUGAUCCGGUACCGGCGGCGGAGGCAGAGCUGCCCCAGCUGCCAUUUCUCCUGGAGCGAGGAACGGCAGGACGAGGAGAUGACGCUCCGGAAGGUGGAUUUCAUCUGGAUCACGCGGGACCAGCAGCACCUGCAGUGGUUCCUGGGCCUCCUGGCCAAGCUGGAGGCGGAGCAGGCGGAACUGGAGCCGGGAGGGAAGUUCCUGGAGCUGCACCUGUACAUGACCUCGGCGCUGGGCAAGGGGGACGUGAAGGCGCUGGGGCUGCAGCUGGCCCUGGACCUGCUGGCGGCCCGGGAGCAGCGCGAUUCCAUCUCCGGGCUCCGCUGCCGCACCCAGCCCGGCCGCCCCGACUGGGACAAGGUGUUCGGGCGGGUGGCGGCGGAGCGGCGCGGCAGCGUCCGGGUGUUCCUGAGCGGCUCCGCGGGGCUGGCGCGGGUCAUCCGCGGGCACUGCCGCCGCUUCGGCUUCCGCUUCCACCGCGAGACCUUCUGAGAGCAGCCGCAAUUCCAGCCGGGAUCCCUGCGGCCGGGGCUCUGGGAAUGCUGCCUGCGGACCGCGGGAAUAAAUCGGGAA